AUGUUUCAUUCUGAGCACUUUGAUCGUGCUAAACUUGCAGAUGACAAUCCUUCUUCUGAAGAUCUUCUUAACAUUUGUUUCGAAUUCACCUCACCACCUUGUCAAAAUACAUUAAAUGCUACAGAUUUCCAGUUGGAAGAAGAUGAAAAGGACAACCCUUUUGCAUCACUUGGAAUUGUUAAAGACUUCUCAAGCAGAUCAAGUAAAACGAAUGGCGAAAAGAUUCGUGUUCCCAGCUGUAAUGGCGAAGAACCUGAGGCAAAUGACCAAACAUUGUCAACCCCUGCAAGAAUUCGAAUUGCUGGACAACAAUUUAUUGAUUCGUAUUCUUCAAAAGGUGAUGAAAUCUGCCAACUCAGCCAUCCCUUUAAGGUUUCGUUUUCUGGGCUCUCUAAUGAUGAAACUAAAGACAUCCAACUUCUGGUUACCCUUCUAGCUUCCGCUGAAAAAACGGGUCAAAAAAAGUUUAAUCAAGCAAAAAAACUCAUUCGGUUAUGCAGCAAUAUGUCUUUCAAUGAAGGAAACCCCGUCGAAAGAUUGGUUUACUAUUUUUCUGAAGCUAUUCGAAUGAAAAUAAACAGCGAAUUGGGAAGUGUCGCACGUAAUGGACUUGAAAGUAUGCAGUUUGAUCUUCAAGAAGCCUUGAUGAACGUGGACACAUGCAUCUUUGCAUUUCACCAGAAAGUUCCUUUAUCGCAAGUUUGCCAGUUCAGUUCGUUUCAUACAAUAAUAGAAAACUUGACAAAAGCUACAAAAAUUCACGUAAUUGAUCUCGAGAUUAGAACAGGGAUGCAGUAUGUAGUUAUGAUGCAAGCGCUAGCAAGUCAAAGUGAAUGUCAUAUCGAUCAUAUCAAAAUUACUGCAAUCGGUACAAGAUCGGAGUCAAAGAUAAAAGAUACCUGUAAGAAUCUUUCUGAUUUUGCGAAGACGAUGAACAUCUUACUUAGUUUCAAGAUAGUUAUGGUAGCAGAUAUAAUGGAUUUUAAUAUCGAUCUUCUUGAACUUGAUGGAGACGAAAAGGUUGCCGUCUACGCGCCAUUCAUUUUAUCAACCCUAAUUGUGAAACCGAAAAGUCUCGAAUAUCUUAUGCGGGAGAUUCGGAAGAUCAAUCCUUGUGUAAUGGUGAUCACGGAAGUUGAAGCAAACCAUACUUCACCAGCUUUCGUGGAUCGUUUCAUCGAAGCUCUUUUCUUCUAUGGUGCACUUUUCGACAGUGUGUCAGAUUGUUUGAGCAACGACGAUCUGAACAGAAAGGCUAUGGAGUCUGUAUUCUAUGGUCACUGUAUACGAAAUAUUGUGGCAGCUGAAGGAGAUGAGAGAACAAUUCGACACAUUGGCGUUGAUGUUUGGAGGAAAUUCUUUCAGCGAUUUGGGAUGUUGGAAAUAGAAUUGAGUGAUGCGACACUGAAUGAAGCCAAGUUGCUGAUCGAUAACUUCAAAUGUGGGGAUUCUUGUUCGCUUCUUGUUGAUCGUGGAUGUUUCCUUGUUGGAUGGAAAGGUGCUAAUUGGCAUCUAAUCGCCAUUGAAGAAAUCGAUAACUGCAGAGAGCUACUAUCCAGUUGUACAUUUCAACUGUAUUUUAAUCGCAAGAUUCGUGAUUCUAUUGCACUCAGGCUAGUGAUGUUUUCUUCUAAGCAAUUGGAUGUCUGUAAACCUGAAGACGAUGAUCGUUCUUCCAAGCUUGAGGAACUCAGAAAAGAUGAACAGGAACCAUGUCUCAGUGGUGACUCGGAAGAUAUACAGAGUGUUUCUAUCGAUGUUGCCUCUCAAUCUGAUCAAACUAUCGUAAAGGGGACACCUGUCCAAUCGAACAACUGUGAGAAAGGUUCGCCCAUUGUGUCUGUUGGGAUUCUUAAAGAUAGUGACCCCAAAUACGAUGAGGCGAAAGACCAAAAACUGUCGACCAAUGCAAAAAUUCGGCUAGCUGGACAGUGGUUUAUCGAUACUCAUUCUUCAGAAAACGAUAAAAUCUCCGAAGCUAGCCAACCUUCAUUCUCUGGGCUAUCGGAUGAUGAAGCUAAAGACAUCAAACUUCUACUUACUCUUCUUGAUUCCGCUGAGAAAACAGGUCAACGACAGUUUGACCAUGCAACCAAACUCAUUGAAUCAUGCAAUUACACUUCUUCAGCAGAAGGAAAUGCCAUCGAAAGAUUAGUUUACUACUUUUCUGAAGCAAUCCGUGAGAAAAUAAACCGUGAAACUGGAACAUCCGCUCACGAUAGACUUGAUAAGUUUCAUAUGUUCGAUGUUCAAGAAGCGUUAAUGAGCGUUGAUGCAAGCAUUACAUCAUUUCAUCACAGGCAUCCAUUAUCGCGUAUUUGCCAAAUUAGUGUGGUUGAUACGAUAAUCGAAAACGUAAAAAAAGCAAGAAAAAUCCAUGUAAUCGAUCUCCAAAUCAGGAAUGGUAUGAAAUAUAUAGCUAUGUUGCAAGCUCUUGCCACUCACUACAACAGGCAUCUUGAACAUGUCAAGAUUACUGCUAUCGGUACAAUAGCCGAAUCAAAGAUAAAAGAUACAGGAAGGCGUCUUGAUGAUUUUGCAAAGUCGAUGAACAUCCCAUUUACAUUCAAGAUUGUUAUGGUAGCUGACGUGUUAGAUCUCAACAUAGAUCUUCUCGAACUCAAUGAUGAUGAAGAGGUUGCAGUCUAUGCGCCAGUUUUUUUAUCAGGCCUAAUCGUGAAACCGAACGAUCUUGAAUAUCUAAUGGGUGUGAUACGAAAGAUUAAUCCUUGUAUAACAGUGAUUGCGGAAAUUGAAGCAAACCAUACUUCACCUGCCUUUGCUCAUCGUUUCAUUGAAGCCCUUUUCUUCUAUGGUGCACUUUUUGACAGCAUGUCUUAUUGUUUGGCCAACGAUGAUCCAAGCAGAAGGGUGUCAGAGUCUGUAUUUUUAGGUCAAACUAUACGCAAUAUUGUGGCAGCUGAUGGAGACGAGCGCACGAUUCGACAUAUUAGUGUUGAUGUUUGGAGGACGUAUUUUGCACGAUUUGGAAUGGUGGAGAUUGAACUGAGCACCGAGUCGUUAUCUGAAGCGAAAUUGUUGAUUGACAGCCUUGACUGUGAGAGUUGUUGUUCAAUUCGUGUUCAUGGUAGGUGUUUGCUCAUUGAUUGGAAAGACAUACCAAUCUUUUCUGUUUCUGCUUGGAAGUUUGUAUAA